CUGGUGUCCUGCCUCCUACCUGGUGUCCAAGCCAAGAUCGCCAACCUCGCGAUUAUGCCGCCUGGGGCGGCUGAAGACGGUCGCGCAACCGCCAAUGAAAUUCCACCCAGGGUGGAAUCAGCGAAGCCAGUCGCGCGUGAGGCUAAACUACUCUAUCGAUGCUGAUCUACUGUUUGCAGGCCCCAAUAAAAGUGAAUUUGAUGCGAAGAUUGUUGCCCUCAACGACGAAGUGCAGGAUUUUAAUGAGCGCUUGUCAGAAGUCGACGCUAAGAUAUCUGAGGCCAAGUGCUCCGGAGGAAAUCAGUCUGAAGAGCUGAGAGAGGCGCGAGCAACUAUGAAGUCUCUUCGUGAACGAAAAGAUGCUAUCAUGCGCGAUCGUGCAGAAAUUGCUACUCUCCAGAAGUCAGCGAAAGCAUCCUUAGAUUCGAAAAUUACUGUAUGUGCCAGGAAUCAAUUACAUUUAAGUUGAAAUGACUUAGGCGGGACGGUCACUUCGUGCGGAGCUCAAAUAUACCUCACCAGAGGACAUAGAGAAGAAGAUUGCAUCCUUAGAGAAGCGACAGGCGACGACAUCGAUGUCGCUUAAAGACGAGAAAGUGUUGCUAAAGGAAAUCGACCAAUUAAAGCAGUCCAAGAAAUUAGUCUCACAUCUCGCUGCGAACAACGACUCAAUUUCCUCAGAACGAAAGAGCUCCCAAUCGAUAUCAGAGCAUCUAUCAGCUAAGAAUGCAGAACUCGAUGUUCUAAAGAAAAAAAUCGAGGAACAAAAACAAAUAUUGGAUUCACUGAAUGAGGCCAACUCAGAACGCCGGGCCGUGCUUCCAGCCCUCUUCAAGGACAAGGAUGCCUUGAGAAAGGAAAAGCAAGCCAAGGUAGAGACUAUCAAGGCCCUUCGCGCUGAAUUUCGCACUUUAGAGAAUGAGUUUCGCAGGACUCAGCGUGUUGAGCGCCAAUUUAUCACGUAGUUAUUAUUGAACUCAGGUGCACACCAGCGCGAGGUCCGACGCGUUAGGAAUGAAGCUCGAAAAGCCGAAGAUGAAGCUCGCAAGGCAGAGCUAGAGAAACGCCAACAAGAAGCUGAAGCGGAGGAAUUGAAGCGGGUGCCCUACGAGGAAGAAAUGGAACUUUGUGAGUAUCUCUCAAAUUACUUAGAGACAACGUAUGGAAAACAUGUAAACCAUGAUUCCCAGAUCAAUUCCGACGAGGCCGACAUCUCGCUAGCAGGCGAGUUCGAAGGCCUUGUACUCUCAGGCAAGAAUGCAGGGCGUGAUCACGAAGAUGACUACCUGAGUCUUAAUAAAACAACUGGAAAAAAGAAAGGUCGUGGCAAGAAGAAAGGUGGCCUGAAGAUAAAUGAGAAAAUUAUGCUAGUACCUGAAACAAUUGAGAUGUUUGCCUUGCUUGAAUUGGAACCACCAUCCACAAUCAAUGGUGUUUCUGACACCGUUAAAAAGUUGCAGGAGAAAAAGACCUGGUUCUGCACAUUACCUCGUGGCAAGGUUCCCUCUCUCCGUGAUAAGCAGAGAGCUGAUGAAGCGAAGCAGAAGACAUCCAGGCGUGACCACGGUGAUUUUAAUGAAAAGAGCAGUGCGCCGACAUCCAAGACAUCGGUUCGAGGUAUCAAGGUCAAAGGUUUUAAUGCCGCUGAUCUCUCUGCCGUGGACGAUGCAUUCCCUUCUCUCCCUGGUGCAAACCCUAAAAAGGACACCGGAGCAGCCCAGCAAACCAAGGUGUCUGAUUGAGCCGUGCUGCUGCGUCAAGGCCUGGGUAUAUAUUUGGCGUAAGGAUCAACCACAAC